AUGAACGUCUUCCUCAGCAAAGAUUUCUUGGCAGUUAUUCAAUCGAGUAACGGGGAUAUUCACGGAGUCAUCGAAACCGGUUUGCAACAAUCCGUGGGUCGUUGCUCAGCCUGUUCCGAGCAUUACAUUGCUUUUACGUCGGUCAAAGGCGUUGGCCCGAUCCUGAUCGAUAUAGAAACCUGUACAGUGAUCCACCGGAUGGAAUAUUAUACGCAGGCAAUGACAUUCUCAAGAGAUGAAAGCCAUUUUGCAUUGUACACCGGAAACAGAAUUAUUCUUUUCUCGAUUCCUUGCUUCGAAAGGAAAGGAACAGUGAAGAUGGAGGAAUUUCCCAAACAGCUCAUGCUUUCUCUGGACAGUAAGAAAUGUUUCAGCUUAUCCAGGACAGGCGUUGUUGCUGUGUCGCGUUUUGAUUGGAAGCGACGUGAUUCUUCGAUUCAAGAAGUGUUUUACCACGUAGAUUUGCAACAGAUGACUCUUUCUGAAAAAGGAGAUAAAAUUUUAUUUCGAUCCUCCAAGAAAUUGUUCUUGUGUCAGGUCCAGUCGCCAAAUACUGUCAACUGCUUGGAAUUCCCCACCGAAAUUCUCAUAGCGACACUCUCCUACUUUGUUGAUGCAGCCUUCUCGGUUACUGAUGAUUUCGUGGUUGGUUUACGAUGGACUUAUGUCGGCGUUUGGGAAACAAGAACAAGUUCCAUUGUCCGCGUACUAAAAACCUCUGACAACUCUCCGUUCAAAAGACUCUUUGUUCCUCAAACCGGCUUCGAAUUUUACACGCUGACCAAUCACAAACUCGAGCUAUGGGAUCUAGCACUCAUCCAAUCGGAUGUCCAGUUUAAACCUAACGUUUUCUCGAACGCAGUGAGGGCCAUGGCCCUGUCUGCAAACGGAGAGAGGGUGAUUUGUUGCACACACAGGAGUCCAGAGGCCAAAGUUUUGGGCGUUCAAACCGACACAGUACUUUUUUGUCUGCUGCACGGACACCGUUCACUAAAUGAAGUGACUCAUGUCGAAAUAUCACCGGACGCACAAUUUGCGGUAACGUUUUCCAAUAGGAAUCUUUUCGAAAACGGCGAAGACGGGGACGCAUGCCAUUUUCUCAAAGAGUGUAUUCUGUGGGACAUCAAAACGUCAAAUCCUAAAAAGCUUCAACAUUUUGAGAGCUGCAGGUAA